ACCCACAUCGUGUUCACUCAGCAGUAGCAAACAAAAUUCUUCGUAUUUGCUUCUUGCUUUUUUCUUUUUGAACCACAAAAUGGCCGACGACAGCACAGCUACCUGCAUCGACAUCCUCCUUGCCAUCAUCCUCCCUCCUCUCGGUGUCUUCCUCAAGUAUGGAUGCAAGGUAGAGUUCUGGAUCUGUUUGGUGCUUACUCUUUUUGGUUACAUUCCUGGAAUUAUCUAUGCUGUCUAUGCUAUCACCAAGUGAUCAUAUUCAUCACCUCUUGUAGACAAUGAAUAAUUUGUCAAAGUACAACGGUUAUGCAUGUUUCUCAACUCCAGCAUUGAUAUAAUCGUUUGAUCUCAGAACAAUGUGAUUCUUUUUUGUUUUCUGUCUAUCAGACUCUAUUCGUUUUCAGUUUUCAUUGUUGUGUUUUUAAUUACUGUUAUUGUCUUGUAUGGAAACGAAAUGUAGACAUCGUGGCUUCUAGUCUUAAUAUAUGGUAAUCGAAUUCAAACGUACUACUUGGUUGGUGUUAA